AUGGCAGAUUCAGUGCAAACGUUUCUCGCUCCUCGAUCAAGAACGCCGAUUAAUCAAGAAGGAGUACGGCUAUGGGAACAGUUUGAACAUCAACAAAUCGUAACUGAUGCUCAGACAGAUUUGAAUGAAGAGAAAAUGAACACUAGAAAAAUAUUUCACGAUAAAUCAACAAGUACCAACCUAUUAAAUGCAGAAACUGAAUUGGCAUUAGACAAAAACACUAAUUUAAGUGAUAAAGAAAUAAGUCCAAAAGAUUUCGUACUUAAAAAUUGGAGGGAACGCCAACUUAGAGCGAAGCACGAACGAGCAAGAAGAGCGGUUAUUAAUUCAGUGAAAGAAAAAUUUAGGGGUAUGCAGCGACAGACGAAUUUGGAUGCUUACAAGGAUAGUUAUAAAGAUUAUAAUCAUAAAAGUAUUCCAAAGAUUGUUAUAGCCGAGGAUGUCGAAGACACGUCAAAUUUGAAUGUAAAUCGCGGGUUUGACUCGCAAUUGAUUUUGGACCAUGUGGAUGGUAGUUUUAGGGUGGCAUGUUGCGGUGUUGUUGGUAAGGUUGUCGGUCACGCGAGGAGGUUUCAGGGGCCAGGCGGUGCGCUGGCACAGUGCAGGCUGGCAGCUCGCUGUGGCAGGGCGGCGGUGACGGCGGGCGCGGAAGGCGGACUACGCGGGACACGGACAGAAGUUAUGCCGUUACCUACGAGGGAAGGAUUGACUACGCCGAGGAGCGCUCGUGCUCCUAUAGGCCGUAGACCUUCUACGCUCCCUCAUCAGCGUUUGAAAAAGGAGAAGGCAGAAAGUCCUCCAGAGAUGGAUUCGCCGGGGAGUGCGGGUAGUGACUUACGACGGCAGAACGAAGAGCUUCGCGCGCGACUGGCUGGUGAAUCCGCUGACCAUAGGCGAAGACUUGAUGCUUACCGCCGCGCACAACAAGGCCAAGCUGCCCUAGUAUCAAGACUUCAAGCAAAGGUCCUGCAAUAUAAGCAACGAUGUGCCGAACUGGAGAAUCAGAUGGCGGAGUCUACUCCUCGCAGCGAACCCUCGUACCAUCAGCCCAGCAAGACGUGCAUAGCUCUUCCGGCGCCGGUCGCGUCCUCGUCCUCGUCAUCCGAUACACGAAGAGACGAGAGGAUCACAGACUUGGAGACUGCACUGCGAAGACUCGAUGAAGAGAAACGCAAGUGUGAAAAGCUAGUGUCUCAAAACAACUUACUCCGGGAGCAACUAGAAGAGUCCCAUCAAUUGAAUGAAGCUCUCACCAGUGACUUGCAGAAGCUGACCAAUGAUUGGGAGGCUCUGCGCGAUGAGAUGGCCAUCAAGGAAGAUGAAUGGAAAGAUGAGGAACAAGCUUUCAAUGACUACUACUCCAGCGAGCACAAUCGUCUGUUGAGUCUGUGGCGGGAGGUGGUAGCUGUGAAGCGCUUCUUCUCUGACCUGCAGACCAAUACUGAGAGGGACUUGUACAAAGUGAAGAACGACUUUGAUUCAGUUACCAGGGAUUUAGUUGGAACUUUGAGUGGAUAUGCCAUCACAGCAUACGCUACUCAAGAUAUUAAGCCUGAGACUCAUCAGCAAUUACCAGUUACUCCAAGUGUGAAUGUGGACACAUUACGUACGGAGCUCCGUGAUGUGACGUCACAGAGGGACGCCGCUACGUCAGAGUUGAGGGAGAGGGAUGCACGUAUACAGCGCCUGUUAGGAGAGCUGCAGGCAUUGGAGGAGCGUUGUGAGUGCGCGGAGUCUCUCUGUUCGGAAGCCAACGUGAUGAGAUCAGCGCUGGAGGAGGUGGCGCGCGCUCUCAUACAUGACUCUGAAACUGAUGCGCCCACACACAUGCAUAUCACUUCUGACAGAUCACCGAAGCGCGCAGUGCCACAAUCAGCGAAUGCGACGGCGUUUGCAGAGAGCACAAUAUCUGCUUUACAGGCAGCGCUGCACAAGUAUCAGAUACAGAUCCACGAUCUACAGGUGAAGUUACAGAACAGUCGCGAGCAGCUGAUGACGAGUCGCAAACACUGCGACGUCGCAGACAACAAUAUCGCGUCGCUGGAGACCAAAGUACACGACUUGCAAGUUAAAUUGGAUCAAACGAAUGCAGAUCUAAAUCAAGUGGUACAGGAGCGCGACUCCUUACAGAAGACAGUGGAAACACUCCGGAGUGACAAGAACAAUCUAGAAAGGAAUAGACUUGAAAUCAAUGCUAUGGUUGAAUCCUUAACAUCGGAUUAUGAAAAACUUCAGAAGAUCAACUCACGACUGGAGAAGAAUAUAGAGGCUCUGGAGAACGAGAAAAGAUCUCUAAAUGCUGAAGUGGAUCAUUUGCAACGUGAAGCUACUAACAGGGAAUCUGUUCUGAGGAGUGAGGAGGAGCGCUCAUCCCGCCUGCGCUCGGAGCUGGUGUCAGUGCGCGAGGAGCUCAACAAGGCGGCGUUAGCUCGCGACUUGCUCGACCAGCACAAGAUGGACACUGACUCUAUAUUAUCACAGAUGGACAAGCAUAGGAGUGAACUGGAAAUAGAACUAGAAAGAACGAUACUGGAGCGCGGCGAUCUGCAGGAUCUGGUUGAGAAGUUGGAGUCUGCAUUGAAGAAUGCUGAGAGCGACAAGAAGAAACUUCAGGAUGAGGUCAAACAAUUAGAAGAAGAGAGAUCAUCACUAUCAGGUCAGACAUCAGAGCUGCAGGCAGACCUGAGCUCAUUGCGCAAGGAGCUACUAUCAGCGGAGCAGACCCGGAUGGUGCUCGAAGCGGACAAAGCCUCGCUCUACGAGAAGAUCAAGUUCCUGGAGGCUGAUAGGGAGAAGGUGGAACUGGAGUUGAGACAAAUCGCCAGAGAGCGUGGUGAGUUGAGCUCGCAGCUGAGCGCACUGGGUCGCAAGAAAGAGGCUGCAGGUGAGGAGAUGAUGCGGCUGCAGCAGCGUCUCGAGCAGGCAGCUGAAACCAUCUCGAGACUCAAUCGUACCAUUGACCAACAUGUUAAAGAUGCGGAGGAAAAGCAGAUGGCACUAGAUAACUUAGAAAAGGACAAGCAACAUCUACACGAGCAAUUAGCGGGAGUACGCGCGGAGAAGGACGCGUUAGAAGCUGCAUUGUUCGAUACCGCCAACCUUCUAGAAGAUACAGAGUCCCGGAGAGCCAAGUUAGACCAGCAGCUGCAGGAUCUUAUGCUGCAACAGGAGAGUGCUAAAGGUCAGAUAAGUAGACUGAGCAAGGAGUUGGAGGUGAGUGAGAAGAAGUUGCGUGAGACUCGUAACAGCAUGCAGCAGCAGUCCGGCAAGAAGGAGGCGGAGUACCAGCAGGUCAUCGCCAACAUCAACCGCACCACCAACGAGAAUAUCACCAAACUUAAAGAGGAAAAGGAACAACUACGUCAAGCUCUGGAACAUAAGCUAAACCAGACUAUAGCUACGUUAACGAGCGAGAAGGAAGCAUCUGAAGCCAGCGCGAGGGAGAGAGAGAAGAAGCUACUGGCGAUCAGAGACCAGCUCAUGCUGCAGCACGACGAGGCCAUGCUGCGAGCUGAAAACGACAAGCAACAGGCGUUGUUGAUGGCUCAUCAAGAGCAGCAGGCGCUGGCUGAGAGAUGUGAGGAGGCGAUGCGAGCGCUGGGCUGCGAGCGCGGCAAGCUGGAGCGUGUGAGACGCGACGCCGCCGCUCGAGCUGAGCAGGACCGCGCCGCCAACAACCAGCUCAAAGACGACCUCGCCGUACUCAAGAAUAAACUGGAAGAUACCAAAGCGUCAUUGGAGGACGAGUGCGGUCGACUGGAGGUCCGCAUCAAGGAGUUGCACGGGGAGAAGGAGGCUGCGAUGCGCGAGGGUCAGGAGUUGCGCGCUCAGCUCGCACUCGCUGAGGACAAGUACGACUGCACAUAUGUGCAAUUACAGGACGCCCUCAGAAAACUCAAGGAGUUGGAGAAUGAGUCGGAAAGUUUGCGCAAAGAGUUGGUUGACGUGCGCCGUCAGUUGACGUGCUGCAGUGCGGAGCGUGACAAGCUGAGUGCAGCGGGACGUGACCUGCGCGAACACGUCAAGCGUGCUGAACACGAGCGACGUGACGCCGCACGCGCUAGAGACGACGCCUAUCAUAAGAUUGCCGGUCUAGAAGAGUCUCGUGCAGCAUUGGAGUCAGAGUUAGGGCGGGUGCAGUCCCUGCUGAAGGAGGCGGAGGGCGGGGGCGAGGCGGCGGAGAGGGCGCUGCGAGGGGCGGAGGCCCAGCUGAAGCGGGAGAGAGCCGCGCUCGAGCAGGCUCAUCACGACCUCAAAGAAAUGCAAUCCAGGCUACAAAACGAGAGCGAAGAACGUGAGCGAUGUGCGAAUGAAGCAGGAUCAGCGAAGAGAAGAUGUGCAGAACUGGAAGCUGUGCUGCAAGCUGCUCGGGCGGACCUGGGUAGUGCUAGACAACGUUGCGCAGACCUGGAUGAAGCCUGUCGUGCUAGAGACCAGGAGCUUGUAAUUCGCUUGGAGGAUUGUCGCUCCAAAGAACGUCGUCUGGAAGAACUCAAACACAAUCUUGAGGUGUGCCUCGCUGAUGCUACACAACAGAUACAAGAACUAAAGACUCGUCUGUCGGCUUGUGAGAGCCGGUCUCGUGGAUUGGAAGUGCAGCUGUCGCAGAGCGAGGGUCUGCGGCGUGAGACGGAGGUGCGGCUGUCGUCUAUUGCUCAUACAUUGCGGCGUGUCUGCGGAGUGCAGCCUGAUGGUACACUGAUCACCUCACGCCGCAUCACCAGCUCUGCCAGGAGAUACAGCCCUCAUAGAGGUCGUGACCAUUCAGAAGACAGGAAUGAAAUCAUUGACGUUGAUCCAGAACUCAUUAAGAAGGGUGUUCGCAAUUUGAUGCACGAAGUCUGUCAGAUUGAAAGGGAAAAGGAUGAUUACAAAUCUCAGUUACAAUCUCUGAAGAAGCAGUUGAAAGAAGCUACAGAGCAGCAAGGCAAGGGUGAAGGCAAGCUGCAGUCUCUGAGCAGCAAUGUUCGAGGUUUGCAGGAAGAGAGAGCUCGUCUGCAGACAUCCGUCUCUCAGAAAGAGGCUCAGCUCAAUGCACUGAACGAGUCAAUUCAAUCGAAGACAACAGAAGUGAGCAACUUGAGAGACAAGAUCACAAGUCUGGAGGCGACAUUGAGCUCUGUCACUGAAGAAAAAGUACAGAAUGAGAACAAAUCGGAGAACUUGCGUGUUCAGUUAGCAGAGAGAGUUCAGGAGGUUGGACAAUUGCGGGAGGCUUUAGCGGCUGCUGAGGGUCGUGCUGCACGUCUGGAUGUACGUCGUGCUCAGCUGGAGGGUGACGUACAACGUGCAGCAGUCGCAGCACGGGACCGGGAUGCUGCGCUCAAGAAACUUCAAGAGCGUUGUGAAGGUUAUCAACGUACUAUAGCCUCGUUAGAAGACAGAUGUACUUCCCUGAAGGGUACAGUGGAACAGCUAUCGACUGCGCUGCAGAAAGCUGCAGCAGCGGAGAGCGAGCUGCGAGCAGACCUCAGUAAGACGCAGCGUGCACUCAACGAGGCCAAGAACCAUGAGCAGAAUGCUACUGAUAAACUCAGGCAGAUACAGAAGACUAUUGCGACAUGUGAGAACGAGCGGCGCGUGUUGUCAGAAAAACUAGACAGUGCUAAGACCGCUUUGGGCGAAAUGAAACGCAUCAAUGCUACAUUAGAAGACCAAGUGCAUCGCCUCACCAACCAACUCGCAAACGUUGAAGUACAAAAGUCCGGUUUAGAAUCACAGCUACGUUUAAGUACGUGGGAGGGCAAAGACAGUGGGGAUAGCGAGGCUGAGCGCGAGCUGCACGUGUUACAACGCGAGCGUGCCGAGCUGCGCGCGCAGAAUGACGCGCUGCAGGAGGCAGUGCGUCGGCUGAGCGCGCCCGCACGUCAUGGCCCCGCCCCCACACAGACACGCCCCGCCCCCAACCAGACACGCCCCGCCCACAUCGCCGCACGCAGCAAGAGCCAUGACCGGGACAAACCAAUUUACUACUGUGAUAUUGACUCGGGUGGUGAUUCGACAAAGGAUUCCAGUCGUGAUGUCAAGGAGUCUUGCACUUGCAAGGGCAAGAGUUUCAGCGCAGAACUCAGUCUACUGGAGCUGGAGAACAGGGAGCUGCGUAUGAAGAUACGUCGGCUGGAGAAAGAAAUCUCUGAUAAGGACGCAGAGUUAUCGAUAGCUCGUAACCGAUACCUGUCGGAGCUGUCUACAAGCGGUGUCAGUCGACAUGAUGAUGUAGAGCAGUACCGGCAGGCGGCGCUGCAGGCGGAGCGGCUGCUGGAGGCGCGCGAGGCCUCGCACAGGCAACACAUCUCACGGCUAGAGGCACAGGCGGCGCAGCUGCGCUCCCAGCUGUCUGCUGAGCUGCGCCGUCGGCAGGCGUAUGUUGCGCGCAGUGGGAGAGCAGCGCGCGACGUGCAGCGACUGCGCUCCGCACUCGGAGACUCACUGCGCGCAGUCUCACAGGAUCCUGCUUUAGAUGCGUACACUCUGGAACAUGAAGCGAGGAAAUUGGACAACACGUUGACACACAGCCUGCCACCGCUCAAUGACAACUAUGACACCAACAAGUAACCGACAGAAUAUUGACUUUGUAAUGGUCAUGUGACUGAUGACGUCACAUACGUAUUGUACAACAUAAUUGCGGGUUAUUGUACGUCACAAAACGAAUCCCUGACGUUAUUAAAGUGAUAAUUACGUAAAUUGAAAAAAAAAAAAGAUAUGCAAGGUUAUUUUUUUUGCAACAAGAUGGCGUUGUUAUCAAUUUUAGAGUAAUUUUGGAAUUGUUUAUAUCAGGGAUUCACAAUAGAGUUGAUAAAGAACUUAAAGCAUGG